GGUGUUUCGAGCUGGAGAACGCCAUGGCAGAGUAUUCACCUGGUCGAGGUACCGAGCGCUUCGUUUCUUCAUUUUCCAAUUGAAAUUAUCCAAAAUUUUAUUAAAUAUUUUCAACCGCGAGAAGGAAACAGCUGUUUUUACACCUGUUACAAUAGACCAAUAGUGAAUCACCACACAAGUCGGGGCAAAAAUGUUGAUUUCCCGAGAUUCCAGUGCUCCAUGACAGUGAGAACUUUUAAAAUUUUUAGUCAAGCCGUUUGUAUGGAGAGUAAUUCUUUCAAUUAAAAAUAGUUAAUGAUUUUAUUUUGUUACCAUUCAUUUUUUUUUGGUAUACAAUAUCUGCGAUGUGAUGUGAAUUGAAUUAAUUGUGGAUUGAGAAGUGAAUUGUGUUUAUUGGGGUUUAAUUGGAAAAGUACAAACCUGAAGAUGACAGUCUCGAUGGAGCACAAGCGGAAAACCUCGUGGGACUCAAAGAUAUCGGUCAGCACCGUUAGCACGAGGAGAUUCAGUCGAGCUGGUACACCAUCUUCUAUCAUAUCCUCUGAUAGUGAUAUUCGAUUCACCAGGAAGCUGGGAGGACAGUAUCGUUGCGGAUGCUGUGUACUUGCUGCUUUUUUGUUGUUCCUUUUAUUUUCCGGGGUGUCUAUAUACCUUGGAUAUACAUUUCUCGUCUCUGAUCCUCCAAGCGAUCAGGUGUUUCUCGCAACAUUUCGAGUCACCGGUGGUGACUCCUUCACAGCUGAUCUUGCUGACCCUUCAACUGAAGCGUUCAGGAUACGUGUAAGAGAAUAUCGAGAUCGCUUGACCCUUGCAUUCAGGCGUAGUGAUCUCAAGGUUUCCUUCAUAGUCUGCGAUAUUCUAGCACUCGAUGGAGUGGAAGGCAGUGACCUAGUGGUACACUUCGACCUGCGAUUUGAUCCCCGCUACCAGAGUAUAACCGUUCCUGACGUCAUGGCAAUAUUAUCACGAGAGAUAACUCCUGAUACAGCCAAAUAUCUAGCUAAUUUGACAAUCGAUCCGAAAAGUUUAGAUGUGCAGGAAAGCAUCGCCGCUUUGAACGCUCAGGUUGCGAUGCACACAACGGCAUCAUCAGAUCCAUCCACCACGACUCCACCACCUCCGAGAAGCUGUACGAACCACAUAAUAUCAUACUGCAAACACCUGACAUACAAUACCACCACUUAUCCCAACAUUUUUGGACACCGAGGGGCAGAAGAGCUUGAGGCAGACCUUAUUGCCUUCAGGGAACUGGUAGACGCAGAAUGCUACACCCUAGCUUACGAUUUCAUCUGCCAGGUAUUGCAACCAAAAUGUAUCAGUGGAAAAUCAAAAAUUUCUCAGCAAAUGCCCUGCCAGAACUUCUGCCGGGAAUUCUGGUCGGGAUGUGGAAAUCGAUUGCCAGAGCGGUUGAAGAAGUCAUUGGAAUGUGGAGCAUUCCCAGAAUACGUAGACGAAGGGAGUUGUAGGCCUAAACCAGGAUGCGUGAGGGAUCUACAGAACAAAGCCCUAUCCCCUAGAAUUUGCGACGGAAUCCUCGAUUGUUCUGAUUUAACAGACGAGAGAAACUGCGCCUACUGUCCAGAAGGACAUGUGCACUGUGGAAUUGGAAGGACUUGCAUUCCAGUGACCAAAAGGUGUGAUGGGAGGUCAGAUUGUCCCAAUGGCUAUGAUGAAAAAGAUUGUCUCUCGCUAGCGACAAACCUAGAAUCUUUAAAAUCCCAGACGAUGAGUACCGUCCUUCCAGCAAGGUACACCUCAGAGGGAUACGUCGUGUUCAAUGAGAAAGGAACAGUCGGAAAACUUUGUACAGAAAAUCUCAAUGCCACACUGCCCGCCACAGAAAUGGACACUGUCCUACAGACAGCAGCCGCUUCCCUCUGCUCUCUCCUCACAUUCAAUGGAGUACUUUCUGUGGAAGUGAGGACACACGAUGAAGACAAUGUAGAGUAUGUGCACAUGGAGGAUCCAUCGGCAUCCGAGAUAACUUUUGUCAGAGGACCAUGUCCAAGUCGACAAGUUAUGUAUGUCCAGUGCGGAGCAUUGGAAUGCGGUGUGCAGUCUCUUAGAAGUAAGCCCGCUACCAAAGCCCUGAGCAAAAUAGCUGAUCCUGGUGAUUGGCCCUGGCACGUUGCCCUCUUCAAAGAGGACAUCCACGUCUGCGAUGCAACUCUCGUGUCUUCAAACUGGCUCUUGGCCACAGCAUCCUGUUUUCAAGGCCAACCGAGAGCAGAGUGGUCUGCGAGGUUAGGCACUGUCAGAUUGUCUAGCACAUCACCGUGGCAGCGAGAACGAAGAAUUGUUGGAAUGGUCAAGUCACCGGUGGAAGGAAGUACCAUGGUUCUUCUGAAAUUGGAUCGAGCCGUUACUGCCUACUCUGAUUUUGUUCGACCUGUUUGUCUACCAUCAAUUAAGGAACCUGUCUUAAUGAAUAAUUCAUACUGCAAUACUCUUGGAUGGGCGAGGAAUCGUGAUUUACUGCAACGUGUUGAGUUGAAACAGAGUGCAAUGGCUAAGUGCGAGAACAUAAGUAUUGCAUCUGUCAAUGGCAUCUGCACUGAAUCCGUGUAUCCCACGGAAGACUGUAAUGAGGAGGAAUUAGCUGGAAGUUCAAUGCUAUGUCUCUUAGCUGAUGGCAAGCGUUGGGCCCUCACUGGUGUCAGCAGUUGGAGAAUUGCCUGCUCCAAGACUGGACAUGAGAGACCUCGACUCUAUGACAAUGUCUCCCCGAAUAUUGCGUGGAUAAAAUCGACUAUCCAUUGAACAAACCCUCGUCGUGGCUCUUCCGUUUGUUUAUUCAGUUGGACGUUUCAUUGAUUUGGGGAUGUGGUUUCCAUUAUCUACUGAGGAAAACUCAAGUGUUGUCAUUCCGUCAUUAAAAGAUUCGCCAAGAGCUCUAACAUUCGGAAUCUUAAUAACAAAGAGUAUAAACUAUAAAGGGAAAAAAAUAUCGAGCACUCAAAAUUUCUUUGUUGAUAAGCGGUCCAACUGAGGCUAAACGGCCUAAAAUCCUUGCGGGUUUUAUUAUCUUUGCAAUAAAUCAUUUUUAUAACUGAAUGUGUAUGUCGGAGACCUAUAAAGAGACCUAUAAAAACAGUACCAAUUACGCGUAUGAAAAAGUUGAUAAGAUAAUCUAUUCUUUUGUUUCGAAUGCUUAGUGGAUUUUUAUUUGAAGUCUGUAUGAAACUUCAUUGCAAUUUUUGGACAAAUUAUUAAAAUCUACUGGAGUUUCAAUACGCGAAUUAAUACAAAAUGCUCUUCGUUACCAAAUCACCAACGGAAUAUUUUCUCAUGUCAGUAAAAAUUUUAUUCACGAGACGACGAAAAUUUCCUUUAUAUCGUGAUAAAAAAAAAAUUAGAAUUCACUCGUGAAAUUUAUUUUGUGCAGCUGAUGAAUUAAGAGGCUUGACAGAAGCGAGGAAAUUUCUUUCGACAUGGAGAAUUACAAAAAAUGUAGACUUACAUCUGUAAAUAAUCUAAAAUCUAUGAGAUAGAUCCUAUGCAGUGAAUCUGAGUGGACUCACUGCCAAUUGUUAAGAUAUUUUAAUAGUUUUAUAUGAUUAUUGUAUUUUUAUGAGAACAAAUAAAGUACAAUCUCGUUAUUCAUUAA